AUGACAGUCACAAGUACUGUUAGUCCGGUGUUGAAGAUCGGUCUUCAAUUACUUGUGUCUUACUUUUUCGGCGGUUAUGCGAUUCGUUUUGUAUAUCAAUCCGGAGAUUACAAUAAUACCUUGCGACAAUUUCCUAUCAAGGUACAAUUUCCCUUGAAAGCUCAACAAUCGCCUAUUUUUGAGCUACUGGCCGUAACUCAAUUUCUACUUAUGUUGUUCAAUUCAUACAUGCUCUUUGUUAUAAAUGCAUUAAUUUCUACUCUAGUGCUUCACAUAAGUGGACAAAUCGAUAUACUGUGUCAAGAAUUCAAAAUUAUUUCUGCAAAAACUCUUCGUUAUAAAACUUCCACAUCUAUGUUAGAUAUAUUGAUUGAGAGGCACAACAGAGUUUUCUGGUUUUCUGACAACAUUGAAAACCUUUUCUCCUUUAUUGCUUUAAUGCAAGUCGUUUGGAACACUUUAGUCAUUUGCGGUCUGGUAUUUAUUAUCAUAAUUUCGUUUCAUAUUGAGACCGGUGUCAGCGUAAUAAUAAAAUCCGUUUUUUCUUAUCUUGCUGUCAUAGUGGAAAUUUUUAUUUUAUGCUUUGCUGGAGAAUAUCUUAAUCUUAAGAGUAAAUCAAUUGCUGAUGCAGCAUAUGGGUCAUUUUGGUAUGAUUUAUCGUCAAAUAACAAAAAGAUUAUACCAUUUAUAAUACUGAGAUCUCAAAAGCAACUUGUAAUUACGGCAGGAAAAAUUACAAAUUUAUCUUUGGAAACUUUUACGAGUAUAAUGAAAGCAUCAGCAUCAUAUGUAUCUGUCUUACACGCGAUGUAUUGACAUUAUUAACGGAU